UUCAGACCUGUGACUUCUGAAGGCUAGAAUUUUUAUUUAAAGUUCUGUUCUGGAUGAAGCUUUAUAAAGUCAGCUGAUGUGAUUUCAUUCUCUUUAUACAGUGAUAGAUGAGAACACAUCAUGGCAGACAAGCCAGAUCUGGCGGAAAUCGGCAGGUUCGACAAGUCCAAACUGAAGAAGACGGAGACGCACGAGAAGAACACCCUGCCUACAAAAGAGACCAUCGAGCAAGAGAAACAGAACUAAUGACUUAUCUGAAAGCCUGGAUGCCCUGACAAUGGCUUGAAGGAGAAACGUCUCUCUGCUGGUAGAGACUAACAUGCACUGUGAAGAAGGGGUUAAAAAACCAAACCUGUGUCGGCCAAGACAUGCCAAAAAAUGGAAGGGAAUAUUGUGUUAACUUGUCUUCCCUCUUGUUCAAUGUUUGAAUGGAAUAAAAAAAUUUGUGCAAUAAA